GAGCAGACGGAUGCCAGUGAGUCAGAGAGCGAGCUGAGGACGGCCCGACGAAACCCGACAAAACAACUCCCUCAAGAAGCCUUCUUCCCACACCGCACUCGGAGUUUUCUGCCUUUAACUGUCACCUGGAAUGAAAUGCUUUUACGUGGAUGACUUGAAAGAUCAGGUCGAGAUCCCGCCUGGCGACUCCAAACAGACCCGUGUGUCCCAGCUUGAGCUGCCUGGCUCAAGGGAGCAGCUUGUGGAGAGUUUACCGCCAUGUCUUAACACUUCACACUCCCCUCUGAAAACCCUGUCCCCCUUCCCCUCUCUCUCCCCCCCUCCCCUCCUCUCCUCCUCCUCCUCCUCCUCCUCCUCCUCCCCUCCUGCUCUCCCUGUAGAAGCUUCCCAGUCCUCUGGAAACCACAGUGCCUCCUCUGGAGAGAUGAGUCUGCAUCAGCCGCAGCAGCAGGGGUCCGAGAGGGACCUUCCCUCCGCCGCCUCAUCCGUCAGUCUGCCCUCUGUACGGAAGACACCUAAGAAGCGGCGCAUCUCGCUACGCUCGCUGUUCCGCCGGCGCUGCGGAGACCCCAAAUCCCGCAAGUCGCGGGCACUGGCGGCCGGCGUUGACGGCAUUGCCAGCGUGGAGAGCGUGCACUCGGAAAUGUGCCAGCAGCAGGAUCACGCCUCGGCGCUUUCUGCCCCCGGUGUGGCCUCCACCUCCUCUUCCUGCUCCUCAUCCUCGGCCUCCACCUCCGAGCUGCUGGAGUGCCCGCUGUGCCUGCUGCGCCACACCAGAGACCGCUUCCCUGACAUCAUGACAUGCCACCACCGCUCCUGUGCCGACUGCCUCCGACAGUAUCUGCGCAUCGAGAUCUCAGAGAGCAGGGUCAACAUCAGCUGCCCCGAGUGCUCCGAGCGCUUCAACCCUCACGACAUCCGCAUGAUACUCAACGACCGCGUGCUCAUGGAGAAAUAUGAGGAGUUCAUGCUGCGCCGCUGGCUGGUGGCCGACCCCGACUGCCGCUGGUGCCCUGCUCCGGACUGCGGGUAUGCAGUCAUUGCCUUCGGUUGUGCCAGCUGUCCAAAGAUCACGUGUGGUCGAGAGGGCUGUGGGACUGAGUUCUGUUACCACUGUAAACAGCUGUGGCACCCAAACCAGACCUGUGACGCCGCCCGACAGCAGAGAGCUCAGAGCCUCCGGCUGAGACCCUUCAGAUCCUCGUCACUCAGCUACAGCCAGGAGAGCGGUGCUGCCGCUGAUGACAUAAAGCCAUGUCCCCGCUGUGCGGCCUACAUCAUCAAGAUGAACGAUGGGAGCUGUAAUCACAUGACCUGUGCUGUGUGCGGCUGUGAGUUCUGCUGGCUGUGUAUGAAGGAGAUCUCUGACCUGCACUACUUAAGUCCUUCAGGAUGCACGUUCUGGGGUAAAAAGCCCUGGAGCAGGAAGAAGAAAAUCCUUUGGCAGUUGGGUACACUUGUAGGCGCUCCGGUUGGCAUCGCACUGAUUGCUGGCAUUGCCAUACCUGCAAUGAUCAUUGGGAUUCCUGUGUAUGUGGGCAGAAAGAUUCAUAAUCGUUACGAGGGGAAGGACAUCUCCAAGCACAAGAGGAACCUUGUCAUAGCCGGCGGGGUGACAUUGUCAGUGAUCGUGUCUCCAGUGGUUGCUGCUGUCACUGUCGGGAUCGGCGUGCCCAUCAUGUUGGCGUACGUCUACGGCGUGGUGCCCAUCUCUCUGUGUCGCAGCGGUGGAUGCGGCGUGUCUGCGGGGAAUGGUAAAGGUGUGCGCAUCGAGUUCGACGACGAGAACGACAUGAACGCGGGCACCGGAGCUGCUGUGACUGACACCACUUCGGUAGCAGAGACCAGGCAUAACCCCAGCAUCGGCGAGGGCAGUGUGGGGGGCCUGACGGGCAGCCUGAGUGCCAGCGGUAGCCACAUGGAGCGUAUUGGAGCAAUGAGAGACAACCUGAGCGAGAACGCCAGCACUAUGGCCCUCGCCGGAGCCAGCAUCACUGGCAGCUUGUCAGGAAGUGCCAUGGUCAACUGCUUUAACAGGUUGGAAGUUCAAGCUGAUGUUCAGAAGGAGCGUUGCAGUCUGAGCGGGGAGUCCGGCACCGUCAGUCUGGGGACAAUCAGUGACAACGCUAGUACCAAAGCAAUGGCUGGAUCCAUUCUCAACGCCUACCUGCCUCUGGACAGCAGGGACGGGAGCAGCAUGGAGGUGCAGGUGGAUGUGGAGUCCAAGCGAGGGAAGCUGAGGCACCACAGCGGCAGCAGCAGCAUGGACGACGGCAGCAGCGGAGGACACGGGCCCGGCGCUUGCCCGUCCGGCUGUCCCCACGAGGGCAAGUGCAUCACGUCCCGCUGGGCCAAGGAGCCGUCCUCCACCUCCUCCUCCUCCUCUGGCAAGAAGAGCAAAGGCAAGCUGCGCAAGAAGAGCGGCGCGACCAAGAUCAACGAGACGCGAGAGGACAUGGACGCCCAGCUGCUGGAGCGCCGCAGCACCAACUCCAGCGAGCUCGACUCGCCCUCGCUGAGCGGCAGCCUGCCGUCUGUGGCCGACUCGCACUCAAGCCACUUCUCAGAGUUCAGCUGCUCCGACCUGGACGCCUGCAGGCCGCCCUGCUACGAGUCCCACGCCCGGCACCCCAACGCGGCCGGAGCGGUCAGCCCGCUCCCGGAGGUGGAGAACGACCGGCUGGAGAACUGUCCCGCUCCCGGGAGCCUCCCGCAGGCCUCAGUCGCCCCUCUGAGCCCCGACGGGGCGGCGGAGCGCCCGCUGUGCUACAUCGCGGAGGAGAACGUCAGUUUAAUGUGCGCGGCCGAGAGCUCGCCUAAAGAACGCAAUAACAACCUUCCUCAGCCGACCAGCCCUGUGCGUAACGCCUGCAUUCAAACAGAGAUAUAAGCAGACACACACACACACACACACACACACGCACGCCCUAGCUUUCACAGCUAACCUUUAUUACCAAGGAUUGCACGGAUCGUUUCGUGGAGGUUUUAACGUCCAGGUCGGUCGGUUUCGUUUUUCGAACGUCGGAGGAGGAGUGGCGCUAUCUCGCGUCUGUCGUGAGCGGGACGCGCCACGAGGUUUCAGAAAGCUCGCUGUGACCAAAGGUUACCUACCGGUGGACCGGCAGUCGGUCAGCGCUCGCAGUCGGACCGAAGCUGGGGUAAGAUUUAGAGAGGCAACAGAUGAAUGUAAGUGAUGCACGGAGACUGAUGCAGCUGUCGAGCACACAACGUGUCCGGCUCGUUUUUCACCCCAAAAUGAAAGGGAAUGAAGAGAAAUAUCCCAUACUCCAUUCCUUGCGUACUGGAAGUGAAGCCUCCUUUUAGGUUUGAUUUGUGACAUUUUCACCUUCAUUAAAGUGAUGGUUCAGCUACAUUUUAGCACUGGAGAUAUUAUACAGCUGAAGUCAAUGGGAACCCACAAGUGUCUUUUAUAGGUUUGGAACAACAUGAGGAAGAGUAAAUGACUACGGCUUUGAGCACGUUUUGUCCCCUUUCUCUUUUUUGUAGUAUAGUUUUUGGAAUUCUUGAUUUUUUUCCUACUAGAUUCUUAGUACUAUAAAACAGUAUUUUGUUUCUGUUACUAUUGUAAAAAGAAUAUCAGUACAAAUGCUAUCAUUAUUUCAAUGUGUAUAUAAUUUUUGCUAUUUAGUUUUUUUCCCCCAAUACAGUCAUUCAGAUUGGGAGGGAAAUUGUUAACGAAAAUGUCACAAACUUCAAAUUAAAUCUUUCUACAAGUAGGCUUUAUUUUCUUUAAAUGUAAUUUUGGACUGGAAUAUGACCAUGAAACGUUUUUGACAGCUAGCAUGUGACAGACACGUGUAUUCAGGAGCACCUUCACUACACACACACACACACACACACACACACUCAUAUACUCUCAGUUAGCCAGCAUAUAGCUUUAGUUGGAGGAGUCUGCGACUAUUCAGAGGCAACCAGGAAGUCUGAAGAUUGCCGAGAGAUCUUCAUACAAGAUGAGCCCACGAGGGACCAGGCAAUAUUAGAUUUCCCUUUCACAGCAGUGAUUCUUGUGUUUUUAAUUUCUUGGGCUUCUUUUCUUUUCGGUGUCGCUGCGUGUUUUCCAUUUUUCGGGGGAAGUAGAUGUGUUGAAGAGCCGGAUGAAGCCGCGUCGCGCCCCCUGCUGGUAGGACGGGGAACUUGACCAAACCCAAACAUGGGAGGAAGCGAGGCUGGCAUGUUAAAAGAGAGAGAGAGAGAGAAAGCCAAGUUCGUAAUUGGCUAUUAUGGAUGCAGUGGGUUAUGAAUCAGAAAGAUCUGCGUCCCGUUUAAAACAAACAAAAAAAUUCAACUACUUUCAUUGUAAAGGCUAUGAUGGUAAUCACAUUCAGGUUGUUUCAGCUGAUUAAGUGAUUUUUUUUUUUUGUAUCUGUAUUGACUCAUGGUGCCUUUUGAAACAUAGGUGAACUACAUUUGUUUUCCGGUUCGUGUCUUAUGAGUUCAAAUGUAUUGGACGAGGCUGCGUUGAAUGUUAGCGAGGCGGCGUAGCGUCCCUGGGACUACACAUCUGACCGCCUACCAAAGACAGCACUCAGGCUCACUCCUGCACACUUCAACACACUCACCGUUUACAGACGCUCCUCGGACUCGUGUGUUUGCACUGUUCAUCCGCUUCCUUUCUGCCGUUCUGGUGCUGCUCAGUAAUCUCUCGGGACUGAUCCAAUGCCACAAGCUGCUUUGUUUUUGUUCCUUCUAUUUCUUUAGCGUUCUUUUUUUUUCUUAUGUUUUGAGCCUAUCCAUAUCUGUAUUUUUUUUUUUUUUCAGAGGCUAGGGCCUCUAACUUGUUCAAAACAGCUUGUUAUUUGUAUAUUUGCUUUAUAAUAUGCGUGUAAAUGCAUAUCUAAAUGAAAAUAAAAACAUGACUCUA